AUGAGCAGAUCACCAGACACUCUUGCUCUUCCUCCUCCUCCUCCUCCUCCUCCUCCUUUAUCUCAAAACGUCAUUGUAGCUCUUAGUGGGAGCAGGAAAAACAAAAACGUAGUUACAUGGGCGCUUGAAAAAUUUGCUCCUGAAGGAAAUGUUGGCUUCAAGCUACUUCACAUCCAUCCAAGGAUUACUUCUGUACCUACACCAAUGGGAAAUGCAAUCCCUAUCUCCGAGGUACGAGACGAUGUAGUGACUGCAUAUAGACAAGAAAUACUGUGGCAGGCCGAAGAGAUGCUAAGACCUUUCAAGAAAAUGUUUGAGAGGAGAAAGGUUGCAGUUGAAGUUCUUGUACUCGAAUCAGAUAAUGUAGCAGCCGCAAUAGCUGAAGAAGUUUCUCAGCAUUCGAUAGAGAGACUUGUUAUAGGAGGCUCCUCUCGUAGUUUUUUCUCAAGGAGAGCUGAUAUGUGCUCGGCGAUAUCAGCUCUGAUGCCAAACUUUUGUACGGUCUAUGUUGUCUCAAAAGGAAAACUAUCAUGCGUCCGACCAUCAGACUCAGAUGGAAACGCAACUAUAAGAAGUGAUGGUAGUGAAAGAACAGAUUCCACAAGCGGCUCUUCUGGUCCCACCUCAGAAUCAACAGAUGUAAUGUCAAGCUCACUUGACUCUCAAUCUCAGUCACGUGCUCUCUCCCUUCCGGUCAGGAGAUCGCAAAACCACCCUACAGUUGCAAGACAAGCAUCGGUUCCAAUGGAAACAAGCUCUGUUGGCUCUGACGAAACAAGGUGCAUGUCUUUGGAUGCAGAGGAAGUCAAAGACGUUUCGAGUGUCAACAGAAGCAGCACUGAUACUACGUCGCGUUGGACUCCUCGUGUUAGAGAUUACGAGGAGAGGAAAGAAGCUAUGAGCUCUUCUUCUAGCAACCGUGAAUAUGGGAAUGCUGGUACUAGGUUUAGUUGGACUGGCAUGAUGGUCGAUAACAACACUCACUCUCGUGCUUCUCAGCAAGCUUCCAACAUGUCUGAUGCUCUGAGUGAACAGUCUUAUUCAGACAACCAGGUUAACCUAAACUUUGAGAUUGAGAAGUUGAGAGCUGAGCUUAGACACGUCCAAGAAAUGUAUGCUGUGGCUCAAACCGAAACCUAUGAUGCUUCUCGGAAGCUUGGUGAGCUUAACCAACGUAGGUUAGAGGAAGCGAUAAAGCUUGAAGAGCUAAAGCUAAAGGAGUACGAAGCUCGAGAGUUAGCGGAGAAGGAAAAACAGAACUUUGAACAGGCGAGGAGAGAUGCAGAGAGCAUGAGAGAAAGAGCGGAGAGAGAGAUUGCGCAUAGAAGAGAAGCUGAGAGGAAAUCAGCUCGUGAUGCAAAAGAGAAAGAGAAGCUUGAAGGCACUCUUGAGUCUCCUCAGCUGCAAUAUCAGCACUUCUCUUGGGAAGAUAUUGUCGCCGCCACUUCGUCUUUCUCAGACGAGAUGAAGAUCGGAAUGGGAGCUUUCGGAGCUGUUUACAAGUGUAAUCUUCAUCAUACAACCGCAGCUGUCAAAGUCUUGCAUUCCGCUGAAAAUGGUCUCUCCAAACAAUUCCAACAAGAGCUAGAAAUCUUGAGCAAGAUUCGGCAUCCACACUUGGUUCUUCUUCUAGGAGCGUGUCCGGAGCAAGGAGCUUUAGUUUAUGAGUACAUGGAAAACGGUAGCUUGGAAGACAGGCUGUUCCAAGUCAACAACAGUCCUCCACUCCCAUGGUUCGAGCGGUUUAGAAUAGCUUGGGAAGUCGCAGCGGCUCUAGUCUUCCUCCACAAAUCAAAGCCUAAACCAAUCAUCCACCGUGAUCUAAAACCGGCGAACAUCUUACUAGACCACAACUUUGUCAGCAAAGUAGGAGACGUGGGACUCUCAACGAUGGUCCAAGUCGAUCCUUUAUCAACUAAGUUCACAAUCUACAAGAAGACAAGCCCUGUGGGAACGUUGUGCUACAUCGAUCCGGAGUAUCAACGCACGGGGAUGAUAUCGUCGAAGUCAGAUGUUUAUUCGUUUGGAAUGAUUGUUCUUCAGCUUCUCACUGGAAAGCCUGCUAUUGCAUUGACACAUUCCGUUGAGAGCGCGAUGGAUAGUAACGAAGAGUUUCUCAAGAUCUUGGAUCAGAAAGCUGGUCACUGGCCGGUUGAAGAAACUAGAGAGUUGACAUCGUUGGCUUUGUGUUGUACAGAGCUGCGUGGGAAAGAUAGGCCUGAUUUGAAGAAUCAGAUUCUUCCGGCGCUUGAGAGCUUAAAGAAAGUAGCUGAGAAGGCAAGGAAUUCACUUUCAGGUGGGCCUAAACAGCCUCCUACUCAUUUCCUCUGCCCAUUACUUAAGGACGUGAUGAAUGAGCCGUGCGUUGCGUCUGAUGGAUACACGUACGACCGUCGUGCGAUAGAGGAGUGGCUUGAGGAGCACGACACGUCGCCGAUGACGGAUUCGCCGUUACACAACAAGAACCUUUUGCCUAAUUACACUCUUUACUCAGCCAUCAUGGAGUGGAGGUCUAGACUUCAGUAA